AUGGAAGGCACCUUGUCCAGUAGAAGACGUGGUUCCAAGGUCGUAACAUGUUUUGUUAUAGCAUUUGCACUAUCGCAUCAGGCCCCCGAGGUUUCCCGAAUGUUGACUGCAGAGCACAAGCCAAAGAGUGCUGGUCGUACUCGUGAUCAUCCAUCAUCGCGAUCGUCCAACGUUGAUGUGACCAUUCAGACGGACACUACUCACAUGAAGGAGUCAACAAAUCCAGUCUUGGAGCUAUGGAAUGAAUACAAGGAGCAGCACUCGCACCGAUCCCUUUCUCAUGAAUGGUGGGAGCUGAGAGAAAAUGGUAAUUUGGAGAAUAAAUCAAACAUCGAUUUGAAUGGACGAAAGUUUUCGGUCGGCUUUUACAGCUGCCCGUUGCAAGCAGGGAAUCGAUUGCACCAUUUCUUCAAUUCACUGAUAUGGUCCAUUGUGACGAAUCGAACCAUUCUUUAUCGCUACUUUGAUCAAAAGGCUUGCUUUUGGACUUCCCUAAGCGAAGGAGGUGGUGAUUUGACAAAAUGCCGUGUGGCCAACCAAGAAAAAGAUUGCAAUAAAAUCCUGAAGCGGAAUGAUUGGAUACCUUCUUUUGACGAAUGGAAAACGAAGCUUCAUGUAAAGAAUAUGACGUCCUUUUCGUUUUGGUCCACUGUUGACAAGCGACCUAAACAUCGCCUAUGGUCCAACGAGAGCGAGAAAUAUGCGGGAAUUGUGGACGUCAGAGAUGAUCUAAUGGUAAACUAUGCACCGAUGUUGGGACAAGAUGCAGCAAUUUUACAGUAUGCACAAAAGCGAAAGUACUUGCUGUCGACACAGAAAGCCCAAAAUCGAGCAAAGCAGCUACUUUCUUUGGGUGAAGAUUACCUGUACGGCAUGCUGUUUGAACAUUGCUUCCAAUUCCGGACAUCCAUUCUCCAAGAAGAAAAGAGUCCACUCUCCCCGACGAAUGAUACUGAUGGCGUAGCUACAGCAGUGGUUAAUCACGAAAGUCUCAACGCGCCAAUUAUGAUAGCAGUGCAUUCACGACAUUCCAAGACCAGUGACGAUGGCUCCAAAAUCAAACGUGAAACCAAGUGUUUGGAUCAAUUACUCAAAACAAUGAAGACGUCAAAUGAUUCAAAAUCAGAGUGUGUCGUCGUAUUGUUAUCAGACCGGCCAAAGACGUUGACUUUGCUUCAAGAAUACCUCGCACAAAACUAUUCCCAAUGUACAUCCUUGAUCGCAAAACACGAAGAAGGAGAGUCUUGGAGGCCAGAACACGGCCCAUUUGCUGGAGUCGGCUUCUAUCAAGACUUGGCACUGGUAAAAAACACAAUACAAUCUCUUCCAGAGUCACCGCGAUCACAAGUGGGCUUUAUCGGAUCUCACCAUCGGUCAUCCAGUCAGCUUGUUCGGGAAAUCUUGGUCUAUCAACAACUAAGUCGAAACACAGAAUAUGAACCCACGGUUGAUGAAAUAGCUCCUAUCGCUACAUGCUAUCUAUGA